CCAAGCACGACGACGACGAACGGAGACUACAGACCAAGCGAAAACUAAUUGCGAGUGCACAAAUUAUUAAAGUUGAAAUAAUGCUUCAAAAAUGCAUUGAAAAUCUAUAAAAAUACGAAAAAUAUAGAAAUAAAUGCCCAAUAAGUUUCGUGCAAUGAAAAGUGUUUGACACGCGUGAUUAUUUGAAUGUAAAAAAGCGUUUGAAAUACAUAGUGCCACAGUUCUCAAGACCAAGAAAAUAAGUCCGUGUUCCAUGCUAAAAAAGGGGUACAAAGAAAUUUAAGAACAUUGCGCUACGCUGAAAAGACAUGCAUAUUCUAUCACCUAUCUCAAGUUUUAACACUUUUUUUAUAUUAAAUUACGUAGUUCAGUUCUGAACUUGGAAAAAAGAGUUGGUGACUUUCUUUGCCGUAAUAGAACUAACAGACCCAGCACACAUACAUUCAAAUAAGCCCCAGUGUGCGAAGAAACCGAAAGAAAAGUUGCGAUUGUAUCUCGCAUCGGCAACGAAAAAGCCGUGCGGUGUUUGUACCUAUACUCUACCCACAUUUGUCAUUCGCUAUCCAAGUUAGUUCUCAAACACCGUUCUCUCACUCACUCCCUCUUCUAUACUGUAUACCACCUAAAUGACCAACCAACCAAAGUAUUGAAGCAAACAAAAGAACAGAAAGCAAGAAACGAAAAACAAAUUAUUUUGAUUCAUGUAGUAUUAUUUUGCAUAUAAAUAUUGCAAAUAAAUAUUAUUUUGCAAUAUAGAGCUUGUUUUCUGCAUGUAUAUGAAGAAAAUAAACGAUGCAAAGACAUCUCCACAUGCAACCAACCAAUUGAAUUAAUUUGAACCAAAAGCAAUAGAAAGACACUAAAAUAACUGAACAGUGAACAAUUGAAUAACCCAGAGCUGCCGCGGCAUCAUCGCCAUGGCUGAAGACUCCAGUGAUUAUAGUGAGUUGGAUUCUCGGCCUUCGGGGAGUAGGGGCCGAUAUCCGACUCGCAGUGAUCCGAAAAGAAAACGUCGUAUCGUUAUGCGCAUUGAGUUUGAUGAUUCAGAAGAGUCGUCGUCGUCAUCUAUCUUCUCUGAACAAAGCUCCAGUGAUGGGGAAGACUUGGACAUCCGAAAAGAUCAGAGAAAUGCUUGUAAAAAAGAUCUUGACGAUGCACCAUCGUGUUCACGCAGACUUCGUAACCGGCAAAAUCAGAUGAGUAGUCAUUCGGCUGCCGGCAAUAGCCGCAGCGGCAACAACAAAGUCAAUUCCGCUGUCGCCGUUCACCACGAAGACGACGACGAAGGAGAUUCCGAUGAGUUUCAACGUAAUGCAGCGCAGCGCCGUUUACGCAGUCGUCGCACAAAUCUCUUAGAUGUUGGAAUAUCCGAUGGUACAACGAGUGGCAGCGAGAUAAACAUUAAGAGUUCGCGCGGCAAAGCGAAAACAAAAUACAUCAUGUCUGAAGACGAAGCAGAGCCAAAAUCUCCAAGUCAUCGCACAUCUGGGCAUUCACCAGCGGCAGAUGAUAACGGUUUCUCCACGGAUAGCAGCAGCAACGAAUUGCUGGAAAAAUGUCCUAUUUGCUUAUUAACAUUUCGGAGACAAGAAAUCGGUUCCCCCUCGUCGUGUCAGCAUAUAUUUUGUGUUAAUUGCAUUGAGGCAUGGUCGAAAAAUGUUCAAACUUGUCCUAUCGAUCGAUUGGAGUUUGAGCGAAUUAUCGUGCGCGAAUCGUAUGAAAAUCGUAGAAUUGUUCGCGAAAUAAACGUGGAUCCGAACGCGGCUAAAGAAUUGAUAUUGGACGAUGAUCCUGACGACGUGGACGAUGUCACCAAUUGUGAAGAGUGUGGACGACCCGAUCGCGAGGACGUUAUGUUGUUGUGCGAUCAAUGUAAUCAAGGUUACCACAUGGACUGUUUGUCAUCGCCUCUUUCUGAAAUACCAGAGGGAUCGUGGUAUUGCGAUAAUUGUGUGGAUUCCGAAGACGAGGCGUAUGAGGAUGAAGAUGAAGAUCUUAAUAUGUUGUACGAAGAUAUUAGGGGCAUGGGAUUGCCUGAAACUCGUCUACGUGUUAGAGAGGUACAACAACCGAGAAUUUUGAGAACACGUCAAAAUGAACGCAUACGUGCUGCCGUCUUGAGACGAACACGGGCCACUGUUUCGGCAUUAGAAACAACUACGACUACCACUACUACUAGCACUUCUAGGGGCCGUCCUCGUACCACUACAACAACAACUACAACACGCCGUACUACAAAUCGAUCCAGCGGUUCUGUUCGCAAACCUCGUAGACCAAAAAAGGUAAGGCGACGUGCUAAGCAGCGCACCUACGUAGUUGAAUAUGAUGUAAACAAUUUCGACGAGAAAUUCGCCAUAAAAACCACGAAGAAGGUUAUUAAACGACGUCGUAAGAAAGCGCGCUCAAAGAAAUUAACAUCAAGGACAUCAACAUCAAAAAGUGGUGCUCGCCUUACAGCCAGUCAACGUUUGGCCGAACAAUUAGGUGUCAAACCAGACCCUACAUUUACUUCACAUUUAUCUGGAUCCAGUGCAGGACUUUCACUGACCGGAGGAGCCAACGAUUUGGAGUAUUUUUCGGAUAGCGACAAUGGAGGAAAUAUUGAAAGUGAAAUUCACAUUGAAACUGGCCAAGGAACGGCGGUGCAAACAUCUGUGAGAAUUUCUAACUAUGGAUCACAAAGAUCGCGUAAAGGUCUAUUGUUAGGCCGAGUAGGGCCAAGGCAUAUACCAGAACCAGUCGCAAACCGGGACAAUGCAAAUUCUGACAUUCUAUCAAGUAUAAUGGACUUGCAGGAUCGUUGGCAUAGUGCUAGUCGCAAUUUAGAAAGUAUUCACAUUAAUUCUGAUGGUACAUUGAACUUGCCCAGUUCAAACGGUCGUAGCGGUGGCAACCAAACCAAUUCACCUGCAUCCACGUCAACACAACCAACAAAACCACCCACUAAAAGUUCUGAAGACAACGUGGAACAACAGAAGCAGCAACAGUCGCCUUCAUCGCAGUCGCUGUCGAAUGGUCCUAAUCAAAAUGAAAUUACUCAAGCCCCUAUGUACUCCCGAGGAGGUGGAAACUCAAAUUUCAACACUGCUGGAGGCGGUGGCUACAAUCGCUAUGGAAAUAAUCAAAAUAAUUACCGUGGCGGAGGCGCCGGAAAUCAAUAUCGACCCUCGGCUGGUGGGGGCGAUGGUGGGCGCGGAAAUAAUGCUGGUGGUAUUAACUUCAAUAUGGUCGGCCGGGGUAACUUCAAUUUCAGCAGUCCUUCCAACUUCAACAAUCAAAAUCAACCUGGAACAACUUUCUCUCCAUUCCGCCAAUGGAACUACAAUCAGCGCAACCAACAAAACGAAGAAAACAAUCAGAACAACAAUCGACGUAGUUUGGCAUUUGGCAACAACAAUCAAACAAAUGACAACACACAGUCCUCACCAUCUCCUCAACAACCACAAAAUCCGUUCAGCGGCAUGCCACAACCAUGUUAUCCUCCUCCGGCUAUACAAAGACCGAAUCAAUCCUCCUCAGAUGAUCUCUUUGGCGGACUGCCACCUCCAGUAAGGCAGAUUCCAGCUCCGGUGGUCUUGAGUGUGCCUCCACCACCAACACCACCCGCCAUGAUGGUUCACCCCCCAGCAGGUGCCCUUUUUCAGUUGAAUUCCGAUUAUGGUCGCGACGAUGAUUCAAAUUGCCCCAACUUUGCAAUCUACUCGCAAGAAUCUCAAGAAGUUGCAAAAUCAUCGGAAGCUUAUCCCGAAAGAAAGCCAGCUGCAAAUUCUGCCAAUGAGGCUAAGGAAGACGAUGAAAAUGAAGAUUUAGUACAGUUAGAUGACGACGAAGAGAUGCCGAUGCCACCGCAAAUCGAUCCAUCUGAUUUGUAUGAACCUGAAAAUCCGACUGAAGAGAAUGAUGAUGACGAAGAGGAAGGUAAUACCAAUGAAGAAAAAAUCAAUAAAGUCGAUGAUAAUGAUGAAGAUGAUGGUGGUGGUAAAGAUGCAAAUGACAAUGAAAAAGAUGAUGAUGAGAGCGAUAAUGAAAAUAAAGAGAAAAAUAUGGAGCAAGACGAGGACGAAGGCAAUGAAUCGGCUACAAUCAAAUUGCAAAAUGCCACAACAAAUAGAGAAGACCAUGAAGUGGACAAGGGUAAUGGAACCGAGAGCGAGACAGAACUCGAAAAUAAUGACAAAGUCAUUGUAAAAGGUUCUAAAGGCAAGGUCCAAAAGGACGCUAAAGCUACAGAUGAUGAGGCUGAAAACGAUGUUAGUGACAAAUCACAAACAGCAGCCACAAAAGAUGACGGCGAUGAUUUCGACGACGAUGAUGACAGUGAUGAUAACGAAGAUGUAACAGGUAAACGUUCCAAAAAAGGUCGUCGUUCGGAUAAUAAAAAUGAUCGCAGUCACGAUAAUGAUGCUGCAUCGAUGAACAGUGAUGAAACAUCGAAAGGCCACACUCCCACAAUUCCAUACAACAGAAAUACGGUCCGCUCACCUAGCCCAGCCCCAUCGGAUGCAGGUAUUGCAGAAUCUGAGGCAAGGCCUACUAAAGCUGGCAAAGGGCAUGGAAAUGUUAUUGAGUUGUACGAUGACAGCGAUUGGGAUGAAUUGAACGCUGAUAAGAAUGCAGUUUCGAAAGGAAAGGAUAAAACACAUGGCAAAAGUGUUGAAAACGGCGACGAUGCCGAGCCAGAUCGCUCCUAUACACCGUGCCUAGAUGAAAACAAUGAUCCUGAAGUUGAUAUGGGAAGAGAAACACCAGCUGUCAGCUCAUUAACACCGGAUAAAAAUUUGAAUAAUAAUUCUGCUGAAAAAUCUAAAGAAGGUGGCGGUGGUGAAACUGACAUUGAAUUAAUUAUUUCGGAGGAGGAGCCACCGGAAAACAACCGCAAAAAGCGAGGUGGCAAUCUUUUAGACCCAACUGAAGAGGCCAAAAGUGCCAAAUUUAAGAAAGUUAAAAAACGAAAGAAGAGAAAUUAUCGUGGCGACAAACAGCCUUUUACUAAUCGUUUUAGACGUAGAUCAUUUUCUCGUUCACGCUCUCGCUCCCGACGACGCUCACGAUCCCGGUUGCGAUCUCACUCGCGUUCACGAUCGCGUUCAUAUGGUUCAUUUCGUUCAAGAUCUCGCUCGCCUGGCCGUGGUCGAAGACGCGGGCGAUCUCACAGUCGUUCUGAUCGCAGGGAGAAGCGUCGAUGGGGCGGUAGUGGUAAUUUGAGGGGAAGAAGUUGGGAUGGUGGACGUAUUCCCCGCAACAACAAGCCCAAGAGACGUGAAUUGCCAAGAUAUGAUGUGCGACAUGUGGUUGCAAAUAAGCCAGUAAGGGAUCGUUUUGGCCGCGAUAAUUCUCGAGCUAGAAGAGCAAGUCGCUCCAUGAGUAGACGCAGAAGUAAUUUUUCACGGUCACCAUUUUCACGAUCGGGAUCCCGUUCUCGUUUACGCUCCCGAUCCAGAAGAAGAUCGUUCUCACGUUCCCGAUCAAGAUCGCCAAGGCUACGUUCUCGAUCUAAAUCACGGUCUAUCUCCAAGUCACGAUCGAAAACACCAUUGUCAAGAUCACGCUCUCGAUCUCGUCCCAGGCGACCAAGUAUUAGUUUGUCUCCAUCGCCCCAGUAUAAUCGAAGGCGCUCUCUUUCACCACCGCCUCGUCGAUUCAGUCCCAUUCGCAGACGAUCCAUUUCGCCCAGAGUUAGACGAUCGCCCAUGCGACGCCGUUCACGCACACCUUUGCGAGUUAUGAGAUCUCGAUCAAUAUCCCUGGGAGUUGAACAACGAAUGAAUGGUCACAAACCACCACAUCGUUUCCGAAGCGGUUCUCGCCCAAGAAACUUUAGUAGGGAAAGGCUGCGUUCACGAUCGAGAUCAAUAUCAUUAUCGCCCCGUUACACGCCACAAAUGAAUCGACUGCGUUCCAAGAGUCCUCCACUGAAGAGUAAAAAGAAGAAAAAGGAUGCACGCAAGAAGAAAUCUAAGCGGCGCUUGCCAAGCUUAAGCCCAUCGCCAAAUAGAAGAAUUGCCCGUCAAGCUGAUCCGUUUGGCAUCGAGAAACCAACAAAGAAGAAGCGACGUCAUCUGCCGAAAGCAAAAUCGCCCAUUGAUGACCACGGAUGGUCGCCGUCGCCCAGUCCCGCACCCCCAGUCAUCGCUAGCAAUGUCGACUAUCAGCAGGAUAAAAAUAUAUCUUGGACACCGCCCAUGCAUUCUCCAAUUUUGGAUCACUAUCCGCCAAUUAUUCGACGAAGCGUGUCACCCUCAUCUCGUAAAGAGAAAGGUAAACGUUCUAAAAAGAAGAAGAAGGAAAGUUCGAAGAGGCGAACAAUACGCAAGGAAAAGAAACGCCGUCGUCGCACCGAAACUCCAGAACCAAUUCCUUCAAAGGAAGUUUUUGCAUCCGGAAAUAACAUCCUCGUCAGUGUAAGUUUCAACAAAGAGAAUACUGCAAAUCCCAACCAUGGACAGCAAACAAUCGUAACAUUACCUCCAAAUCGUGAGGACUUACUUCCCAACAGACGUGUAUCAAUAGAUCAUGUGAACAAGAGCAGCUCCUCCUCCAAGAAGCGAAAGGAGAAGCGUAAAAAGGUUGAGUCGAAGCCGGUAGCUAUAAUUGACUUGGAGCGUUCACCAUUCCAAGUGGAACAAGAACAAACCGAUGUAAUCGUACUUACGGACAGUGAAGAAAACCGCGAGCGCGCUCAAAGCGAACACAGGAGAGAUCGCCGUAGAAGUGAAUCUUGCCCUCGCAACGAUGAAAUGGAUAUGCACCGUAGUCAAAGGCAAGAAGCCGACAGCAGCCAGCGCGAUAAAUCACCCGAACGGAUGGACACAAUUCUGGAAGAAUCGUACGAUAUUCCACAAACAGGCCCCAAAACUCCACCAGAACCUCCAGGCGUCAAAUUCAAUUUGCAAUCGAAGAAAACGAAUAAGGUUCGCAAUCCACUGCACGAAGAUGAUGAUUACGACCUGCCAACAACUUCAGAACAACAACAGGUACAGGAAACACAUAAUUCCGAUUUAGAUACAAUGCAUGUGCAAAGCAGUCAAAAAAUUGGCCCAAAUACUCCGCCAGAAUCUGGGCCCUGUUCACCGGAUGCCUAUGAUCCAUUCGAACCCACAAAGUCACCAUCAAUAUCUCCACGCUCGCCAACGCCGCCUCCCUCACAGUUAGACGUUUCUCAAAACACAGAAGGUACGGGAGAAAUUGGUUCGUCGCAAAAACAUCAUGAAAAUGACCCCCCACGCAGGGACCAAAUGUCCGGUAUUGUGGGAAGCAUUGCGCAGGGCGCUGCUCUUAACCCCAUUGACUUAGUCAUGGCCCUAAUGGGAUCGAAAAAUAUGACUGCGAACAAUCAAGACUUGGCUAAUAAAUCCAACGAGCCCAAACAAUACUCCAGUAAUAUGAAUAGUCACGACGAACCAUUCCGCAACAAAUCCGACGACAAAUCUGUUACCGUACUCUCAAAUGUACUACUAAGUUCAGGAAAUGGCAUAUCUAGUCCAACACCGCCCACAAUGGCUAAAAAGAUAUUGCCACUACCGAAAAUAACGGGCAGUGUCGGUGGCAGCAGUAGUAGCGGCGUCAACAUGCGAAAUGGUGGCGCGUCCAAUAAUAACGACGAUGCUUACACGCUACACGAUGCCGACAGCCCUUACUCGCCCGGUUCUGGUGACUACGAGGAUCUAUUUGAACCACCUCCAGAUACAAAUGCCGGCACAAAACGUUACUCCAAGAGAGGUGCUGGUGGCAAAGUUGAAACAUUUGAUAAUCUCUUCGGCAGUUCGUCACCGGUCCUAAGAUUGCCCUCGUAUACGCCAUCAAAAAAACACCCGGCUGGGGCAUCGCGACCAUCUAAAACUAAAGGUCGAUCUGAAAAUCCUAAUGAUGCGCCCAACACAUUGGAUUUGAAGGAAAGAUUCCUACGCAAGCUGAAUCGACAAGAACGUGUAGUCGAGGAAGUGAAAUUGGUUUUGAAACCACGUUAUAACAAGAAACACAUAACCAAGGAGGACUACAAAGAAAUAAUGCGUCGUGCUGUGCCUAAGAUUUGCCACAGUAGAUCGGGAGAAAUAGAUCCAAAUAAGAUUAAGAAUUUAAUCGAUGCGUAUGUCAAGAAAUUCCGAUCAAAGCACAAAAAGUUGAGCCUGAUUGGCACAGGUCAAGUGAGUAGCGCUGUAAAAUGUGCUGCCUACUUGAAAAAACUUUAGAGAGGGAAAGCCGAGCGAAGAAUUCAUUGCAAAAUGAUACAUCAAACUGCAAUCCAAGUGUAUAAAAUUUCUUGAACGUCGAGGAAAUUUUCGCACUCCGCAAAAUUGAUAAUGUGAAAUUCCUCACAACUAUAUUUGAAAUCAUUACCACUAGUUGCAUGGUAUUGAACCUCAGGCCACCCACAGGAGUUGAGGUAGUGCUAGAAGUUCUUGAUCCCUAAGGAUACUGGGCUGGCAGUGAUGAUGAUAUUCUGCAGAAAAUUCUAUAUCCUUCAUUUCUAGGCUUAAUUGUGUAGUUUAUAAGAUACAUUUGAUUUGAUUUUGAAUUAUUAAUAGAGAAGAAAUCCCAUUUUCAACGCGAGUAAGAAUCAGAAUUAUAUGGAAUUACUGAUAAUUAUUUGCUUAGAUUCUACCCUAGACCCAUACCAUAUUCUCUUAUU